AUGCUCUUCGAACAGGUGGGCGUGCACAAUUACCUGUUCGUCUCCGGCACGGCGGACUACCAGAGUAACCUGCGACUCGCUCAAGAGUCAGACAAACACGGCGACCUAGUAAUCGGCGGCUUCAUCGACUCUGCCGAAAACAGAGACGUCGGCGGCCAUGCGACCGGUUUACGUUUCGUAGCCGAAUGCCUCUCCGGCGUCUACCCUUCCGAGACCCUCGUUGGCCUUAGCACAUCCACAGUCCCAAAUUUCCACCAGCUAAGUUCCCUCCUACUUGAACUUGGCGAAAGCCCCUGGACCGCCGCCAACUGGGACGCUAACAACACCCGCAUAGUCGCCAGCGACGGCGCCGGCAUUGUGGCCAACUGGGUGGUCCUCGGCCAAGACGUCAACGCUCUCAGCAACAGCUAUCUCCUCCGCAUCCGAGAUUCCAAGACCCUAGUCGAUUACCUGCUCAAUCUGCACGACCGCUGGUGGACCGCACCCACAGACGCCGGAGAGGACGACUCCGAUUCUGCAGCUGGAGUUCAAGGUGCAGUUGAAGCUGCAUCUGGUUCCGACUCAGGCUACAGAGCUGGUUCCGAAGCGGGGUUACGGUUUACUGGUGGUGGUUAUUUUAUCCCGCCUGAGAGUCCGGUAUACGACAAAUCGUUUAUGGCUGUUUUGGGUCUGGCAGCGAAGGAGACGGGGUUAAACAUUUUGAGCACGGACAAGUUCUGGACGGACAAGCAGACGCCGUGCUUCUCGAAGUGGACUAACUGUAUCUGCAGCGGGUGGCUGACGACGGAGGUCGUGGACCCGGCGGACGCGGAAGCGAUCACGCGAACGGUACACGAGAAGUGUCCCCCGGAAACAUUCGAUCUUGAUGCGCCGUCAAAGAACGGGUUGCAGGGUACCCCGUUGCGCGGCCCGGCCUUUCCCGAAGUAGUCUUCGAGGCGGUCGGGCUUUGUGCUACUCUUCCCCGGACCGCGAUCCUCCUCUUCUCGAAACCUACUGAUAGCAAACAGCGAACACGUGCACGCACACAAUUGCACACUAUUACUGGCGGUCGAGUCAAGCCGGUUUUCCCGCUCGGCCGCGUGGAUGGCGCCUGGGGAUUGGAGGUCGACCGGAGACUACGACGGGAACAGGCCGAAUUUAACGACUUGCUCAUCGGCAACUAUUACGAUAGUUACGAAACGCUGAGUUCCAAAACUGCCAUGGGGCUACAGUGGGCUUCUGACUGCAUGAAGGAGAACUCCAAGGUGCUCUGGGUCGUGAAGACAGACGUCGACAUGGUCGUCAAUUACCCUCUUCUGAACCAAAUCCUUGACUCGAUCGUGGAUCAAGGACUUGACCCCAAAAACGGCCUCAUUGGCGGCAGUGAAUCUACUGGUGAGGAAUCUGCUUCUGAUAAGGAGUUAUGGCGCGUCCAAGAGAACACGUUCUGGAUGGGGAAUGUGUGGUCGGAUAACUCCGUUCCGGUUAUCAAGGACUUGACAGUGAAGAACGCUGAUGCUUUGGCACUGGACUUUUACCCUGCAUAUGUCUCGGGCGGGUUCUAUGUGAUGAAUCGCAACAUGACAGAGUUGUUUGUGAAGGGUCGUACGAAGUGGUUCGACGCCUACUUCCGUAACGAAGACGCGAUGGUAGGACUUGUGACCAACGAGUUCAAAAUCCAGCCGCUACAUCUACACGGUGUUCUGGCUGUCGGUUUCGGAAUGACCGACAACGUGGUCUGCAAACAGGGCAGCAUCAGCCUCACCGACUGCGAUUGCCACAGCCUCCUCUGCUUCUCCGGCACCAAAAACGAAAAUGAGAUCGCCGCCUCAUUCGUCGACCUAUGCGACUGGUCCGAAUCAUACACUCUCAAAACCAUUCUGCCUCUAGAACGCCAGCACAUGGACGUAGCCACUGCCCUAAACGCCCUUGCCAAGGCCUCCAAGGAAACCAAAACCGUCCAUCUAACACCUUCGAACGAAAUCCAGGCCAUGCAAAAACGAAUGGAAGGCUUCCUGCCCACUGGCUCAACCACGCCACCACCCUCUGGACGCAUCGAAGACGCCCACUACGAAGGCCCCGACUCAGGAGGACCUUGGUCCAUCGCCUGA